UGCCUGCAGGAGCCGGCGGUGCCCCCGCCUGCCCGCCAAGAUGGAGCAAACAUGUGAUGAUAUAGAUGAAAUGUUCAGCAACUUGCUCGGGGAGAUGGACAUGCUGACCCAGAGUUUAGGAGUGGAGACUGUCCAACCUCCAUCCCCCAAAGUGUCCAACAAUGAAUUUAGCUUUACAGUUGGUUUUAAAGAUUUAAAUGAAUCCUUAAGUGCCCUAGAGGACAAAGACCUGGAUGCUUUAAUGGCAGAUCUUGUAGCAGACCUAAAUGAUGUAGAACAGAAAACUCUGCAAGCCCUGAAAACUUCUGGCAACCAGCAAAGUACAGUCACUGAGCCUUCAAGAAGCUUGGACAGUGUCUAUGUUACCAUUACUGGACAAUUAGAGGAUGAUUUGCCCCCUCCACCUCCAGACCCUACUUUAGAACUUCCACUGCCGCCACCACCUCCUCCUCCUCCUCCUGAGCCACUCACCCAGGAAGAACUAGAGGCACAGGCUAAGGCUCACAAGAUUAAACUUGCACUGGAGAAGCUGAAAGAAGCCAAAAUUAAGAAACUUGUUGUCAAGGUGCACAUGAAUGAUAACAGCACAAAGUCACUGAUGGUGGACGAGCGUCAGGUGACAAGGGACGUUCUAGACAAUCUCUUUGAGAAAACUCAUUGUGACUGCAACGUCAACUGGUGCCUGUAUGAGAUGUAUCCUGAGCUACAAAUUGAAAGGUUUUUUGAAGACCACGAGAAUGUCGUUGAAGUGUUAUCAAGCUGGACUCGAGACACUGAGAAUAAGAUUCUGUUCUUGGAGAAAAGUGAAAAAUAUGCUUUGUUUAAAAAUCCUCAGCAUUUCUACUUGGCAAGCAAAGAGAAGAGUGAAAGCAAGAAGAUGAAUGAUAAAAAUAAAGAGGCUUUGCUGGAGGAAAGCUUCUGUGGGACAUCUGUCAUUGUGCCAGAGCUUGAAGGGGCCCUUUAUUUAAAAGAAGAUGGAAGAAAGUCCUGGAAGAGACGUUAUUUUCUCCUGCGAGCUUCUGGGAUUUAUUAUGUACCCAGAGGAAAAACCAAGACCUCACGGGACCUGGCCUGCUUCAUUCAGUUUGAGAAUAUGAACGUCUACUACGGUUAUCAGCACAAAGUCAAGUAUAAGGCACCUACAGACCACUGCUUUGUCUUAAAGCACCCCCAGAUUCAAAAGGAGUCACAGUAUAUCAAGUACUUAUGCUGCGAUGAUCAAGCAACCCUGCAUCAGUGGGUGACAGGAAUAAGAAUUGCCAAGUAUGGCAAGACCCUGUAUGAUAACUACAAGCGUGCAGUGAAGAAAGCUGGCUUGUCUCGGCAGGCAAAUCGAGGCACAGUGCAAUCAGCUGCCCCUGCAGGGCCCACAGCAGCAGGUGCUGCUCAGUCUAAUGGACAGAUUCCCCAAACUCUUCCUUGUUCCAGUGUAGAAUUCCCAGAGACUCAGAAGAAAAUGGACACAUCAGAGGUACAGGCCAAGCCAAACACUGUCAGCGUGCCAGGCCAGGCACAGCCGGUGCUGAGGCCACAGAAGUACCAGAGUAAGAGGAACACACUGCAGCCUCCUCCUCCACCUGAACGGCGCUCGUCUGCGAUUGCUGCUUCACCAGUUCUACCCCCCAAAGUCAAACGAGACAGUGGUGCUUUCCUUACCAAUCCAGACAGCUUCCCAGCACCACCACCGACACUCAACAUCGAUUUCCCACCACCACCACCCGCUGAUGCCUGUGAACCUCCUCCUGAUUUUGUGCCUCCACCACCACCAGCUGCCAGCAGCAGUAAUGGAGACCUGCCUUUACCCCCUCCGCCUCCACCUGUCUCCACGAAGCCAGCAUUGCCAAAGAAACCCUUGCCACCUCCUCCAAAAAGGCUUGAAAGCACAGGACUGGCUGCAGAGCCACAGCCAGCUGGACCACUUCCAGCUGGGAGUGGAGGCAGGCAAGCAGAUUUCAUGUCUGACCUAAUGAAAGCUCUUGAGAAGAAAAGGGGCAGCAGCUCCUGAACUCUGGGAGCAGGUGAACUUCAAACCAGAGCUGGUAUGGUAAGGCAUCAGUAACCACCUGCUACUGCAGGGCAAUUGGACUAAAUGACCUUUAAAGGUCCCUUCCAACUCAAAGCAUUCUAUGAUUCUAAGGUUGUGCUGGAUUAGGCUCCUCCAGAAGUUCCUCCUGGGUUCUCAAGAACUGAGAGGAGGUGUUCUCUGUCCCUGACUUUGUUCCUAUAAUCAGCUCCUUCCUCCCCUGUCCUGCCACUCUCCAUGAACAUUCCAGCAUCAGGCUGAGGUAACAAUAGCCUGCAGAGUCCUGCCCUACUCUGUCAGGAGUGGUAAGCAGCAGUCUCACAGCUGGUCAGCAAGGGAAACACAUCUUCUGUGGCUGCCUCUCGGACACAAUUGGAGCUGACAGCAAAAAGACAUCAGCAUUCUCCUGUGCAUUUUGAGAAGUGGAGCCAUCCCCCUCUGCAGAAUUCCCCAUCCAGGUUCUUUAUCAGAAAACCUCCAGUGGUGGGGGUUUCCCCCAAUAAAAAGAUCUAAUUUAAAGAUAAAGAAGUAACUAUUCCAUUUCAGAAAGUAAAACCUCAGCCAGAUUAUCCUGAGAUGCAAGGCAGGACCAGAGCCCUUUCCAGACAGUGUCACCCCAAAUGUUGUACACUCCUGCUUCCAGAUGCAGGUCCUCUCAUGCCUGUCAGCACUCAGAGCUGCUGCCCUGAAAUCUUGUUUAAUUGGUUAAUCUUAGACCCCCAAAAGAAUGAUUUCAACCCCUUACAUGCUUCCCCUGGUGAGCAAGGAGGGUGUAUUUUUUUUCCCUCCCUGUUGGUUAACAUUUGUCUUUGAACUGUACCUAGAAAUAGUCUGUCUUCUGAAAGGCCUUGUCAUUAUCUUGUACCUGAUACAAAUGUCUCCUCCUACAUUUCCCCACCACCACCAUUUGUUCUCCCAUUUUAAUUCUCCCUUGUUCAUUUGGGCAGCAUUCAUUAUUAGUUCUCAAAUAAAAAUAGCUUCUAUUUUAUAGCUACACAAA